CCGAGCCAGAGCCAUUGGAGGUGGCCAGAGAGCAGGGAUAUGCGGGAUUUAUGGCCCGUCUCAUGAUGUGUUUAUGGUUGGGAUGGGGCAGCCGCAGAUGCUGCCCAGCCCUGCCCUGCACGGCACGGCACGUCUGGUCCCCGCUCUGCAUCCUGGUGCCGACAGGGCGGAGGUUUACAGAUGGACUUUGCUCUUCGAGGUGGAGCUCCCCGGGGCUCUCCCUGGCACUGCUGCCGUGUCUGCCCACUGCCGGGCAGCCCGACAGCUCCUUCCCUGCUCGCUCCACAGGCAGGGACCUGGUGUGGGGGCAGGAACCUGUCGGUCCUGUCCGGUCCUGUCCUGUCCGGCCCUGGCGCUGCUUUGGUGCUGAGCCCCCCCGCGUCUGCCACCGCAGAGCAGGGGUCGGAGAAGCGACUCUGCUGCCCGCCAGCGCCGCUCCAGGGAGCCAGGGCAGACGGUGCCUCUUCCCAUGGCAGCCAGGCCCCCACGUAACGCCAGCCAAACUGGACACCCCUGUCCCACGAGAGACCCUUCCCCGCCAGAGCCCGCCCGCCUGCCAGCCCAGCCCGGACUCACCUGUCACUGCCUGUCCCCACACCAACCCAGAGUCACACAGGGGCACACACAGUGAUGCCGCGACCAUCACAGAGCUGUGCAGCGAGAAUGUCCCCGAGGUGGAGAUCAUCAGCCUGCUGGGCGAGCAGCUGCCCCGCUACACGCUGCGGGCUGACACCGUGUUCAGCUAUGACCACAGUGACUGGCUGCGAGCCCCCACCGGCCCCCCGCAGCCCGUAGCCCCCCUGACCCCCCAGCAGAUAGAGGAGACCCUGCAGUAUUUCCGUGAGUUGGUGAGGGUGGUGGGUACAGCCCGUGUGGACGCCACGACAGCCUGGGAGCUAAUCACUGCUAAUGGGAUUGACGGGCUGGAUUUCCUCACCCAGAACAUCCCCGGCUAAUUCUGGGAGCGGCUUCUGCCGAGCCAAGCCGGAUGCUGGGAGAGAGCCCCCAACAUUUCCCGGGACCCCCUGCAUGUCCCUGCUCCCCUGUGCUGUGCUGUGGCUCACAGGGGUGGGACAAUGGUGGGGUUGGCAGGAGUGCCAGUGAAUCCCAGGGCUGCUGCUCCCCCAGACGU